GUUGGACUAGGUGAUCUUAGUGGUCUAUUCCAACCUUAAUGAUUCUAUGGUUCUAUGCCUGUGAGGAGACUCAAAUGUGGGAUCUGCCUUGGAGGAGGGAGUAGCAGCUUUGGAAAGGCUGCCUGACCCCAUAUAUGCAUGGGAGUACUCAGGAAAUUGUUGCUAGACCAGGUGAGGUGAUAUCUCCAAGGGAUGUCCUGGAGGAACUAGAUGGCUGUAGGGAGUCCCUGAGGGUGUGGGAGUGUGACACCUCAGGAGCAGAUGGCAGAAAAACUUGCCUUGUGUGGUGUUCCUGGCCUGGAGAAGCUGUGGUGCACAAACUUUGCUUUCCCAGCUUUAUUGCAUAGGUGCCUUGGGAAAUGUUACCCAAAGCCAAGCUACUUAUCUACAAAGCAAGAAACUCUAAUCCUGUGCAAACAUUACUUUCCAUUUAUGACUUGCAGAAUGGCUGAUGCAGAUCCAAUCGAUCUGUUUAGUCAGUGCUGUGAAAGCACCAGCAUCAAAGCUUUUGGCGUUGACUCAGCUAAGAGCUGUGCUGCCUCGUGUGAGUUCUUCUCAUUGUAGCACUUCAGUUUGGGGCAGUAGCUGUAGUGACAGACUUCUUUGCUACCACCUGAUUAAAGCAUUUAAAGGAUUUUUACCACUAUAUUUUCCAUCACCUGGAACAGCCCCCAUUUAGCCAAGCUCAGGAUCCUGAGCUCUUGGCCUUGGCAACACAUGGAUGGUCCCCUAGUUCACAGCCUGCAGAAACCCUUCAGAUCUCUGAGAGGCUGCAAGGGUGGGCUGGAGGCACAUGGCAAUGACCAUGCCAUGCAUAUGCCAUUGCAAUCUUAAUGAGCUGGUGUUUCGCCACCUUGAAAAGUUGUUGGGGGGUGACAUCUCCACAAGGCAAAGAGGCAUUGCUGGCGUACCUUUGUAGUAGUCGUUACAACAGGCCACCCUAAUUCUUUGCAAUGGAUGAGCAGCAGCAGAUGUCCAUCCAAGCCCUUUUCUAUGCCCUUCUUUGCUCAUGCUCUCUCUGUCCUUUGUCUCUCUCAGUAAAUAAGCAGAUACAAUGAGCUCCCUAAGGCAAGAUACGUGACACUUUAAUCAGUAUGCCAAUGUCUACAAAAGAGCCUACUUGUUUUUAUCCCCAUAUAAACUGCUUUCCUAAGCAGUUGUCUUCGUUGGAAUGCCGUGGGAAUUUUGCUGUACUGUGUUUCUAGACCAGAAAUGCUUUUAAAGUCACAGCUGUGAAAAAAUGCCCUGUUGGCAUUGCUUGGUUAUUGAGCAGGUAUAUUGAUGCAGGCUCAUUAACAGCUGCUGUUGAUUUACCCAUUCUGAUAAGUAGCUGGAUUAACAAGGUUAAAUCUUACAGCUGUCACUCUUUAUUCCGUUUUGAUAUGGCAGAUUUUGUGUGUCUGGUCCUGAGCGCUCAUGAAGUCCAGCUAAAGACUGCAGGAAAAAAGCAAGAUAAAUUGCUGCUUGAUUCAUCUUUCCUGGAGAUUCCUUGUUCCCAGUCUCUCCCUGACUGGUCCUUUUGUGUCCAUUGAAGCCUAGAGUGCCAUCUCCAGUGUAGUCACUGGGAGAGGCCGGAACAGACUUGCAAAUAGUGCUCUCAUAUUAGGGGGCUGGCUAUGUGUCAGUCCCUCAUCCAGCACUGAGUACCAAAGACACUGCCUCAAGGCAUGCUGCUUGCCCACAGCCUGUAGAAGUCCAUGCAAUGAUGGAAGGCUGACUCGCUGCAGAGAGGUCCCCUCCCACCUCUACCUGCUCUAUGUAAAAGCAGGAUGCUGAACAUAAUGUGAGGUCCACGUGCCACUUUUGGGCUUGUGAAGGACUUGCUGCAAACGUUCCAUCACCUGCAGGAGUGCAGGAACCUUCUUGGCCAUGGAGGCAGAGAGAGCUUAGGGCUCAAGCUUUGCAUUUCACAUCUGGAUUUUGUACACCAUAGGGAACUUGACAAAAUCAGUCUAAUGCUGAAGGCCACUUCUGUGUUUUUGCUCUGGACUUGAGCUUCCCUUUACAUUUGGAAGAGUUCAGCUUUGGCUUUUGGGGCCAAGGAAAUGUACUCAGCUUGGAAAGUGAGAAUGCACAAGCAAUUUAAAAUGAGUCCUUACCUUCAAAACUGCCUUCAUCUGGAAGACAGAAAGCUAAAAUGUGUGAAACAAGGCAAUAGCACUCACAAAACUUCAGUUUUUUCCUUUGCAACUUCUUUUGUUGAGAUAAUAACACAGCUUAUCUUCUUUUGUCUGCCUGUGCCAUAGACACAUUGGCUUGGGGAUGCUUGGGAAAAUCCGGUUGUCUGUGGCCCAGAAUGAGCUGUAAGACGAGCACUUGGAAAACCAAACCUUGGUUUAAGGAUGAAAAUGAAAGCUAAGGUCAUUUGGAACAGGUAUUCUUAUUGCUGGCUGUUUAAUUCCUUGACCAAGCUGCAUCCCUGCAGGCCAAGAAAACCCAGCCACCUGGAUCAGAGCAGGGAGUCAAAAUGAGGUGGAAUGUCUGCUGCAAUGCACAGGAGCUAAAGGACUGGACCUCCACUAACAGUCUCUUGCAAGGUAACUCAAACCUAUGUCUGAACAUCUCCUUUAUGGACAGGACCUUCCCAGCCAGGAAGAAGUCCUCAUCCUAGAAAGGAGAAGAGCUGAUGCAGACCAGAAGACCACAUUUGGUUACAACAAGUCAGUUACUCUCUACCCUUUCUCUCAUCUCUGUUGCUCCUAAGUCAUCCCUGGGGUAGGAGCCAGCUUCCAGAACAGCCCACUGAGAACACAUAUGCUCUGAUUCUGGAUCAAGCCUCAGGCCAUGGGUGGAUGGUUGAUAUCGCUGAGCUUCCCUGUGUGGCUGGUGUGCAGGUCAGUCUCCGCAUUUCUGCUGACCAUGUUGCCUUCGUCGUGAGAUCAUGUCUUUCCAGAGAAAUCCCUCUAAUGCCUUCAUUCUGCGACACCAGUAUAUAUAGGGGCAGCCUUCCCCGGGCUGCACUGUGCAGGCCAGCAAAGGCAUCGCUGUCCUCCGAGCGGUUGCACGGCUCCCGCGCUCUCCUGUUAGAACAAGACACAGCAGCAGCAAACAUGGACAUUACCAUCCAGCACCCCUGGUUCAAACGCGCCCUGGGACCCCUGAUUCCAAGCCGUUUGUUCGACCAGUUUUUUGGAGAGGGUCUCCUGGAGUACGAUCUCCUGCCUUUGUUCUCCUCCACUAUCAGCCCCUACUACCGGCAGUCCCUCUUCCGCAGCGUGCUGGAGUCAGGCAUUUCAGAGGUGAGGUCCGACCGGGACAAGUUUACAAUCAUGCUGGAUGUAAAACACUUCUCUCCUGAAGAUCUGAGUGUGAAGAUUAUUGAUGACUUUGUGGAAAUCCACGGCAAGCACAGUGAAAGACAGGAUGACCACGGCUACAUCUCCCGUGAGUUCCACCGCCGGUACCGCCUGCCCGCCAACGUGGACCAGUCUGCCAUCACCUGUUCCCUGUCUGGCGACGGCAUGCUGACCUUCUCGGGCCCCAAGGUCCCCUCCAAUAUGGACCCCAGCCACAGCGAGAGGCCCAUCCCUGUGUCUCGGGAGGAAAAGCCCACCUCUGCACCUUCCUCCUAAACCCGCUGGGGUAUGCAGGCUGCCACCGGCUGCAGGUCUCACUCCUAGAGCCAUUGCGUAGAUAUCAGUGAAUGCCUAGAGGGGUUUGUUCUGUUGUUUUUGUGGUUUUUUUUUUUUCUUUUUUCUCCCCCAUUUGUUUUUCUCCCCUUGUAUGGAAUGAGGUGCUGAGUGAAUGGCUGGUGGACUUUGAGGCUUAAACCUGCAAUUCAUGCUGUCAGGAUGGCAUGGAUUGCACAUACUGCCAUGCCAUUGCAGCUGCCGAAAGGGUCUUCCUCCAGUGCCGUAGUCCACAACCACCACCAGGCAGGAAGGAGUGCAUGAGUAACACCAGCUCCUGGUGCACCAAUGCUUGCGGUGGGACUUGGAGCGGGGGAGAAGCCCCAGAGACUUGUUCUAUCCCGCAUGGUUAACUAGUUACUCCAAAAGACGCAACUUGGCCAAGCCAAGCCCCACACUGGGAUACUGCGUAUGUGCGAUAAAUGUACCACAGGUUCCUUGCAACCACAGGACAGAUAAUAACGUGUUACGUUUGGGGGUCACAGCAUAUAUUUUUUCUCAGCAAAGUGUUUCAGUGUGUCUGUUCACACCACCAGCCUGUCACUUCCUUAGGGACAUCUGACGCAAGGACAAGUGCAUCUUUCCAAUGUCUUAGCAGUGGGGAGAGAGGGGGCUCAUCCCUCUGCAGAGGCUUCAGACCGCACCAAACUCUCCCCAGCCUGUGCAUAUCACACCCUUGCUCCUGCCCUCGCUGUAAUUCUAGUGUAGCUCCAUCUGACCCACUGGUAUCUGGCACUCAACCUGAGAACUCAGUCCCUGGCAGUCAAUAAAAAGCUAUAGGAAACAUGCAAUUGGCUUUGGGGGUUUGAUUUGUUCCUUUCCAAAGGUUUUGAAGUGGAAAGGUGAACAUGGUGCCCCGCACCAUUCAGAGGAUGCACUUUCCACCACAUUUUGUAAUUAUUUUGUGUAUGUGCCCUUUCAUCUUCCUGUUAUCCUUCAUGCAAGUGAAACAAAAGGAUUAAAAAAGAAAAAAAAAUUCUCAACAACCCAUCACUGAGCCAUUUCUUAAGCUGAGGAGGGAGAUGGUUGUUAAUUAGAGAGCAAGGCAUCCCUGUGGACUCAAAUACUGUUUUAAACCUAUUUUUACUGUGAUUAAUUAUCAGGCAAUUCCAAAGCUUUCAACCAAAAAAUGCACCAUCUCUAGGGGAAACGCAUGAAUGAGCAUGUUUGGAAAAAGGAUGGCAUCGUACUGGGAGCGAGCUGCUACUGGAAGGCUGGGAGGCGGGGAGAGGUCAUAGUAACAAAAGCUACCUCUUUCUGCCUCACCUGGCUGUAAAGGGCCAGUGACCACUGCUCCUUUGCCCUCCGAGGCCCAAACAGGGUGGUGUAUGGUAACCCUGUACUAGGGCUUAUAAAAUCAGAACCAUAGAAUAUCCCAAGUUGGAAGGGACCCACAAGGAUCUUGGAGUCCCAGGGGUGGUACAGGAGAGUCCCUGCACAAUCCACACAGCAGGACUGGAGCCAGGGAUAUCCCAUCCUAGCUUGGGUUAAGUGACUGGCACUUAGAUUGCGACUGACUAGCACUUUGGUGGAAGAACAUGAGGUUGGAAUAUGGCACAGGUGUUCGUGGCAUGUGUAGCACAAGCAGGGUAGAAAUGCAUGAUGCAGUGGAUGUCGGGGGAUUUAGCCCAGGGAGAGUGGUGAGGCAGUGGCACAGGCUGCCCAGGGGGGGU